UACUGCUCUGACCAAGCCUGCUGUCAACAGACACAUAACGCUUGUAAUGGCAAGAAUUUCUUCGAGGCGAGAGCUUCAUCCAGCUAUGUGAAAAUGGACGGGAGAUGGAUUACCAAGUGGCCAGUAGCUGCAGAAGGUAUCGUUGGUAAUGAUACAGUACGACUCGGAGCUAUAGAACGAAGGCAGCUUUGUCAUCCCUACCACCGCGUUCGGUCAAGCGACAAAGUUCACAUCUUCAUUCACGGGCACGGAUGUCGAUGGCGUCAUGGGAUUGGGACUGCCUACGGGUGCAGCUGGUCGGAAUCACUUCUCGUGUCAAUCGCGCCAUGGAUCUUCAUCUACUGGAUAAAUCCUUUAUUCACUGUCUACAUGAAGACAGCUAAUGGUAAGAAAGUUCAAGAUCGUAUA